AUGCUGGGUCAUAUUAGGAGCUGGCUGCAAGUGCAAAAUACGGAUCAACAUAUACCAGAAAUAAAAAAUGUCAUCGAGCAUUUACACAAGGAGCUCAAUCAUAGAUUUGGUCACAUCAAAUCUAAUAUAUUAAACGCGGAAUCUAUCAUUCUGGAUCCACGUUUUAAGAAUAAGGGAUUCCAGGACUCGAGAUUGUACGGUAGGGCUCUGCAAGACUUAAAACUUAAAAUUGGACGAAGUUCUUCAAGGACAACAAUAAUGCCAGCGAUGGAGACAGUGCAACCAGAACCUUGCCCUAACCACUCAAUUUGGUUUGAGUUUGACCAAGAAGUGGUUAGGCAAACAGCGGACAAACCAACGGCAGCGGGGAUCGUAGAACUCGAUAAAUACCUACAGGAGCCGCUUUUAAAGCGUACAGAAGACCUCUUAAAAUGGUGGCACGCUCGAAGGAACAUAUAUCCUCUAUUAUUUAAUUGUUUUGAAAAGACACAAUCUCGUAGGUACGUCAGUUCCUUGCGAGAGAAUAUUUUCGAAAGCGGGAUAUACGCUGAAUGA